GGAGGGUCAAAAUUAACCAUUCGCCUCUCAAAAUGGCGGAUGAACCAACACGGGAAUGGAGCGAUGAGCAGCUCAAAAGUGAUGAUUUGCCCAAAAAAGACGUAAUAACGUUCAUUCAGGACAAUGCAGCACACUCGUUCCUCAACGAGCACAAGCUGCUGGGAAACUUAAAAAGUGUUGCAAAAACGGCAAAGAAAGAACAACUGAUUAUUGCCUAUAAUCAGCUCUUUGAGAGCAAACGGUUUAAAGGCACAGAACCAGUUGAAGAUGUGACCGAGCAGAUUAGAACUGUGAAAAUCGAAGAUAAGAAAGAGCUACCGGCAGAGGUUAUUGAUGAGGGUCCGCCCAAAUUCAAAAAGGCAGUGCUGAAGAAAGGUGACAAAACCAACUUUCCAAAGAAAGGCGAGAACGUGAGCUGCUGGUACACUGGUAGCUUGGAGGAUGGAACCGUCUUUGACACUAAUCUUCCCACAACGGCAAGAAAGAAGAAGCAAUCUAAACCCCUGAGCUUCAAAGUUGGCCUUGGCAGAGUCAUCAGAGGAUGGGAUGAGGGUAUUCUGACGAUGAGCAAGGGCGAAACAUCUCGCCUGGAGAUUGAACCAGAGUGGGCCUACGGAAGAAAGGGUCUCCCCGACUCAAAAAUUCCACCCAACGCGAAACUGUUCUUCGAGAUUGAGCUGGUUGCUGUGGACUAACCGUCAAGUGCCAAGAAAAGAAGUACUCAAAUGACCUGGCUGUAAAGGAUCAUGUUAAAAUGGCAUUUGGAUUGCGCCAUACUGUUCCUACUUUGUCUCAUUCAUCAAUACGAUUACCAGUUAUUGCAGCGUUGUAAGUUUUGGCCAGAAUGUGAUGGCUUGUCAAUAUUGUACAUAAUGAGACACCCUGAAACCUUAUUCUCUGUAUUUUUCUUUUGUUGUUCUUUUGCAUGUGUAAUGUAAAUGAUUAAUAAACCUGUUUCAGAGACCAAA